UCCAAGUUAAACUGACUGCAGACUCUAGUUAAAAACAUUGCCUUGCUGGAACCAUGCUGAAGACGUGUUUUGCGCAAUGUUCGCGCUCAGUCGCGUCUUCGAGCUCUAGUUGCUCUCUGCAUACUUCUGCUGUCCGCACGGCCCAGGCUCUAAGCAAGCAAGCAAGACUUGCCAACAUUUCGAAAGCACAAGUACGUGUAGAGCUGAAGAAAGCAGUUGACGCAACGCGGGAGUAUGCUGUGAUUGGCUUAAAGCCUGGCCAAGAAGCCAGGUGGCUUAAUUGCGAUCUUGCGAAGGCCAUUAUCACAGAGGAGCAGCUGUAUUCCGAUACUCCACAAGUUGUCCGAACACCUGACGGGAACAUCGAAAUCCCAGAACAUUUAAACUAUGGUAUUGGUGGCGAGGAACGGAAGUUGCUUUUCGAAGUCCUACCACCUUUAACCGCAGAGAAGGGAGCCUCGCAAUACCAAGAGGUAGCAGGGAUCAACCACCAGGAUGCUGAAAAAGCGGAGCUGGAGAAAGCAAACAUGUUUGCUAAGCUUGUUGAUUUGCGAAACGCCAACGCGCAGGGUAUCGCAUUCGAGAAUCGAAAACGCUGUAUCGCCGCAUUUUCUGAGCCAGGAAAGCCAAAUGACACUGGGCGUCCCGAAGUACAAGCCGCUCUUUUGACGAUCCAGAUACGAAAUCUAUGGACACAUCUGACAAAAUUUAGAAAGGACGUCGACAAUCGUCGUGGGUUACGGCGCCUGGUUCACCAAAGGGCAAAAAUACUGAAGUACUUAAAACGCUUGGAUCGGGAUCGUUAUGAUGCAGUACUUCCCCGUCUCGGUCUUGAGGCUGCAAGUGUUGAAGGAGAGCUGGUCGUGUGAGGCAAUCCUAACUUGUGGAGGGGGUGGGCCCAUUUACCUUAGACUCUACGUAUUUCUACCCUUAUAUAUUUCAAACUGUUAAA